CGCAGCCGCAGCCGGGGCCGAGCCCAGCGCAGCGCAGCGGGACAUGGAGGCCGCGCCGGCGGAGCAGGGCCCCCCCGCGCCGCCGCCGCCGCCACCGCCGCCGUUCCCGGAGAAGAAGAAGAAGCCGCAGCGGGCGCCGUCGCCCGCCCGCCCCAAGGAGGUGCCGGGCUGGUCGCUGGCCAAGAGCCGGCGCGGCGGCGGCGGGGGGCACCCGGGCGCGGCCCCGCGGCUGGCGGCGAGCGGCGCGCACCCGCACCCGCACCCGCGGCGGGCCGGCGGCGGCAAGGAGGGGCGCCCCGAGAAGCGGGCGGCGGCGGCCCGGGCCGGCGGCAAGGGGCCGGCGGGGCGCGGCGCGGCGAGGGCGAAGGGGCGGUGCCGCGGGGCGGAGACGGCGGCCACCGGCGCACGGCGACCGGGACCGGGGUCGGUGCCCGGGUCGGUGCCGGGGACCAGCCUGACCGACAGCAGCUCGGAGGUGUCGGACUGCAGCGCCUCGGAGGAGGCGAAGCUGCUCUCGCUGGAGCUGGGGCUCAGCGGCAGUGACGGCGAGUCCCCGGGCAGCGCCCCGCCGCCGCCGCCCUCGGCCGGCGAGGCCUCACCGCUGCCCGAGGAGCCCUCGGCCGCCUCCAUGGCCAGCAGCCGCCUGCAGCUCAGCACCUCGCUCGCCUUCUCCGACCUCACCGAGGAGCUGCUGGACGCCGGCACCGACGGGCUGCUCCGCGAGCUGGAGGACCUGCGCUCCGAGAACGACUAUCUCAAGGAUGAGAUUGAGGAGCUACGUGCCGAGAUGCUGGAGAUGAGGGAUGUCUACAUGGAAGAGGAUGUCUACCAGCUGCAGGAGCUGCGGCAGCAGCUGGACCAGGCCAGCAAGACCUGCCGCAUCCUGCAGUACCGGCUGCGCAAGGCCGAGCGCCGCAGCCUGCGCGUGGCACAGACGGGCCAGGUGGACGGCGAGCUCAUCCACAGCCUCGAGCAGGACGUCAAGGUGGCCAAGGACGUCUCCGUGCGGCUCCACAAUGAGCUGGAGGCGGUGGAGAAGAAGAGGAUCAGGCUGGAGGAGGAGAACGAGGACCUGCGCCAGCGGCUCAUCGAGACGGAGCUGGCCAAGCAGGUGGUGCAGAAUGAGAUGGACAAGCUCCGAGAGAAUUCCCUGAAGAAGCGGGGGUCUCGCUCCAUCGGGAAGACCGAGAAGAAGCCAUCGGUGCAGGAGGACAGCGCAGACCUGAAGUGCCAGCUGCAUUUCGCCAAGGAGGAGUCGGCCCUGAUGUGCAAGAAGCUGACCAAGCUGGCCAAGGAGAACGACGGCAUGAAGGAGGAGCUGCUGAAGUACAGGUCCCUGUACGGGGACCUUGACAGCUCCCUCUCUGUGGAGGAGCUGGCCGACUCUCCCCACUCCCGGGAGGCCGAGCUGAAGGUCCACCUCAAGCUGGUGGAGGAAGAAGCCAACAUCCUCAGCCGGAGGAUAGUGGAGCUGGAGGUGGAAAACCGCGGGCUGCGGGCAGAGAUGGACGACAUGAAGGGCCAGGGGGACAGAGAGCUGCCAGGGCAGGACACGCGGUUCCUGGCAGGCGUCUCGGGCUGCGGGGACGCGGGGGACACAGUGGCAGAGCUGCGCCGGCACCUGCAGUUCGUGGAGGAGGAGGCCGAGCUGCUGAGGCGCUCGCUGCUGGAGCUGGAGGACCAGAACAAGCUCCUCCUGAACGAGCUGACCAAGUACAAGUCAGACCACGAGCUGGACGUGACGCUGUCAGAGGACAGCUGCUCGGUGGUCAGCGAGCCCUCGCAGGAGGAGCUGGCCACGGCCAAGGUGCAGAUCAGCGAGCUGAGCGGCAAGGUGAAGAAGCUGCAGUAUGAGAACCGCGUGCUGCUCUCCAACCUCCAGCGCUGCGACCUGGCCUCCUGCCAGACCACCCGGCCCAUGCUGGAGACCGACGCCGAGGCCGGCGACUCGGCACAGUGCAUCCCCACCGCCGGCUGGAGGGACGGGAUGGGCAGCGGCGAAGCCGAUGGGCAGGACAGGCUGCCCAGUGGUGGGAAGGUGCCCGAUGGUCCCGCCAAGCUGCUCAAGCCCAAGGACCUGGAGACCUUGCUGGGCAUCCGGGACCAGGCAGCGCUCGUCAGCAAAGCGAUCGACGUCUUGAUUUCAGAUGCCAACGGCUUCACCUCCGGGCUGAAGGCUUGCUUGGACAACGAGUGCGCGGGGGGGCUGCUGGGCGAGGCGGUGGGUAGCGGCAGCGAGAGCCCCAGUGACGCCAAGCUGAUGAACGUGCUCCUCAUGCGGCUGGGCGUGCUGCAGCAGGACCUGGGCUGCUUCGUGAGGAAGGUGGACCACCUCACCAGCGGCCUCAAGGAGCACGCGGACUCCUUCCCCUUCUCCGGCCCCGGCAGCCACGACGCCACCAAAGAGGGGCUGCAGAAGGAGCACGCCUCCAACUUCCAGCAGCCUGAUUUUAGGGACGCCGACCCUUACUGCAUCCCCCACGCCAAGGACAUGGACCCCACGCAUCCCCGGAGCUACAAAACCUGCAGGCCUGAGGACAACGACUCCUACGCCACCGAGAUGAAGGAGCUGCAGCUGGUGCUGUCGGAGGCCAACGAGAGCCUGCGGGGACUGCAGGAGCAGCUCUCGCAGGAGAGGCAGCUGAGGAAGGACGAGGUGGACAACUUCUCGCAGAAGAUCUGCCAGCUGAAGGAGGACCACCAGAAAGCACUGCUGCGGCGGGAGUUUGAGCUGCAGAGCCUGAACCUGCAGAGGCGGCUGGAGCAGAAGUUCUGGAGCCAGGAGAAGAACCUGCUGGUUCAGGAGUCACAGCAGUUCAGGCAGAGCUUCCUCCUGCUCUUCAUGAAGCUCAAGUGGUUCCUCAAGCGUUGGCGCCAGGGCAAGAUGGUGCACAGCGAGGGCGAGGACUUUUUGGAGGUGAACAGCAUGAAGGAGCUGUACCUGCUGCUGGAGGAGGAGGAGCUCGCCCCGCAGCAGCAGGCAGACAACAAGACAUGUGCCGGGGACACCUGGACCCCCAACACGCCCAACGAGUGCAUCAAGACACUGGCGGACAUGAAGGUGACCCUGAAGGAGCUGUGCACGGAGCUGCGGGAGGAGCGGCGCGGUGCCAGCGAGCUGCAGCAGCAGUUCACCAAGGCCAAGGCUGCGUGGGAGAUGGAGCGCGCCGAGCUCAAGUGCCACAUCGCCCAGCUGGAGUCGAAGGCAGGCAAAGGCAUUGCAGAGCGCACGCUGCCGGACUGGAAGGUGGCAUUGAAGAGGGAGCGCGAGGAGCACCAGCAUCUCCUAGCCGAGUCCUACAGUGCCGUCAUGGACCUCACCAAGCAGCUGCAGAUCAGCGAGAAGAACUGGAACCAGGAGAAAGUGGAGCUGCUGGCCCGCUUCAAGGAGGAGCAGCAGCAGGCAGAGCAGCAAGCGAAAGACCUGCAGAACAAAAUCAACCAGUUGCAGAAAGGAGCCAACCCAUGGGCAUUGAAGCACUCCGAAAUGGAGAAGCACGGCAGCAACUGGAAAGAGGCUCUCAAUGAAAAAAUCACAGACAAAGAGACAAGCUCUGAAGCAGAAGCCAAGGGAACCAACCUCAAAAGGACCAAGUCCGUUUCCUCCAUGUCAGAGUUUGAAAGCUUGCUCGACUGUUCUCCCUACCUCCCUGGAAAGACUGCGCCGGGGCUGGGUGACCAUUCCCGGGGCAAAAAGGCAUCUGCGGCCGCCCAGCUGCUGCCCAACGGGAUCCGGGACAGCACCGGCAUUCCUCCCUCAAACUGUACAUAUGUGAAUAUUGAGCAACCUGUCCCUGACAGCCUGGCCAAGGAGAAGCUGGGCAUCUCCUCCUGGGACUACUCGCGGGCAAGCAGCCUCUCCGGGCACGACCCAGCCCAGAAGCAAAUGCAGAGGAGCUACACGGCGCCCGACAAGACGGGGAUCCGCAUCUACUACAGCCCGCCGGUGGUGCGGCGGCUGGAAGCGCCUCUGGUGCACAACAAGGAGGGGAAGAUCAUGAUCGAACCCGGGUUCUUGUUCACCAUGGCCAAGCCGAAGGAGCCGGAGGAGUCGGCCAGUGCCGAGAGCACCUACAGCCAGUGGCUCUGCAACUUCUCCAAGCAGCAGCGGGAGCUGCUGGACGGCGGCACAGUGGAGAGCACGGUGCCAGCAGUGCCCCGCUUCCCCCCCUCGCUGCACGACCUGGAGAUCUCCGGCAACAUGAGCGACGACAUGAAGGAGAUCACCAACUGCGUGCGGCAGGCCAUCCGCUCCAGCUCGCUGGAGAGGAAGGUGAAAAGCGCCUCCAGCCAGACGGUGGGACUGGCCCACGUGGGGACGCAGACCAUCCAGACAGUGAGCGUCGGCCUGCAGACAGACCUGCCGCGUGGCAGCGGCAUGCACGGCAAGAGCUGGUCCCCGCGCAGCUCCUCCCUCGUGUCUGUGCGCAGCAAGCAGAUCUCCUCCUCCCUGGAUAAGGUCCACUCCAGGAUCGAGCGGCCGUGCUGCUCCCCAAAAUACGGCUCUCCGAAGCUCCAGAGGAGGUCUUCCUCCAAGCUGGAUGCCUCCAAGGACAGGAGCCUCUGGAACCUGCACCAGAGCAAGCAGAACGGCUCUGCCUGGGCCCGCUCCACCACCACCCGUGACAGCCCCGUCCUCAGCAACAUCAACGACGGCUUGUCCAGCUUGUUCAGCGUGGUGGAGCACGCGGGCAGCACCGAGUCCAUCUGGAAGCCGGGCUGCCCUGAGAGCAGCCGGGUCAAGCCUGAAGCACCCAAGUACGGCCUCGUGCAGGAGUUCUUCAGGAACGUCUGUGGGCGGGCACAGAGCCCCACCGCCCCCACGGAGAAGAAGGAGGCCACGGGGGAGGAGGGCAGCAAGAGAGCCGAGCACCCCAGCCCAGCCACCCACCACCCGGCUGAAAACAUCUCCCGCGUCUUGAACAAGAAAGUCCUCAAGCAGAGCAGCUGCGAGGACCCCAAACCCUUGUCCCCUGGCCAGGGGAGUAAGGACGCAGCCCUGCGGGACCCCGACCUCAUCUCGGCCAUAGCCAGCGAGGACACGGCGUGUGACUGCAGCUCCCAGUCCCUCACUUCCUGCUUCGCCCGGCCAUCCCGCUCCGCCGUCCGCCAUUCCCCCUCCAAGUGCAAACUGCACCCCGCGGACCCCCCCAGGGCGGAGGAGAAGCCGGGGACCUCGACCUGCAAUGUAAAACCAAGUGCAUUUUAAAAAUACCGAAAUGAGCUACAUUGGAGAUGCACCAAUUGGAUUAAGAGAUUGUGGGUUGGGAGGCUGCAGCGUGGCCUGCGGUCUGCGCCAUGCGUCCCUCGGUCACCACCAGAAAAAGCCUUAUCCGGGGAGGGAGGAGGGCAACGGCCGCAGCCCCCGCGGUGGUGCAGAGCUCCCAGGGCUGGGGGUCUGCGUCCCAGCCCCACGCAGAGCAGCGUUGGUGCCUCUGUGCAGCCUCAGGAGGGAACAGCAAUUUCGGGGGCGGCUGCGUGACCUAUUUUCGAGCUGCCUGCCAGAGGCCAGGCAGGGAUUCACCCAGAUGGAGCUGCCUGCAGGUGCCCGCGCCUCCUGGGGCUCUGUGCAUUGCUCAGGGGCUGCGUACCUUGCUCUGGGGGCUCUAUACAUUGCUCCAGGGGCUCCACGCAUUGCUCUGGGGCUCUGUAUCCUGCCCCAGGGGCUCUGCGCAUUGCUCUGAGUCCGUGCACACUGCUCCAGGCGCUCCGCACGCUUCUCCGGGGGCUCCGCGCAUUGCUCUGGGGCUGCGUACAGCGCGUCAGGGCCUCUGCGCGUUGCUGUCAUCUUGCAGCUUCGCUUAAAAAAUGCUCCUGCUGCCGAAGCUGCUGCCCCCUCCCGUCCAGGCGCACACUGCCCACAGCAGGCAGGCUGCAUCACUGCCACGUCGCAGCCUCCGUCAGCAUCUCCGUGACGGCCACUCACUGCCUGUGUCUCCGGACACACCAGCAUCAGCCAGGGCCCAGCAGGCCCAGCACCGAUGGCCUUUUGCUCCUGCGGCGCCUGUCCGGCCCCACGGGGACCCUCGUCACCCGGGUGCGGGAUGUAGCGGGCAGGUGCUGCCCACCCUCACCAGCAGCCGGGGCCAGGCAGCAUCCCUGCCUGCCACCGAGAAGUCGGGUCCCUGCAGCCCGGCAGGCACAGCGCUGCCACGGGCAAUCUCCUGCUGUACAUAGAUCCUUUCAGGGUGGUUUUUAGCAUUUUCAUUGAUAAUGGGGGUUUUGGUUUUAUUUGUUUUGGGUUUGUUUUUUUUUUUUUAAAAAGACUCUCUACUUUUGGAAUGCGGUUUCUCAUUUUUACAACUGCCUUUUAAUUAUUUGUAAUAUUGGUCAGUUCUGUCUUACUCUGUAAAUAGCGGUGCUGGGCAUUUCCCGCGGGGCCGGGGGCUGGGUCGAGGCUGACGAGGGACUUAGGAAAGCCACGGGGAAAAUUUGUUUGAGAUGUGGAGGGCACUGAUUCAGCGCCGGCCCCCGUGCAGCCUCUGCCCCUGUCCCCCCCACGUGCCAGUGCCCGGCCUGGGGCAAAGCCCGAGGUGUUUUGGGCAAAGCCACGCUUGCCCCUGCCCUGUCCUCCUGGUUCCUCUCGCCAGCCCAUGCCAAGGUCGCAUGAAGGGCACCUUCUGCCCCGAUGACGGCCCCCUGCCCACCCCGUCCUGCACCCCUGUACCAUGCCUGCUUGUCGUGUGAUGAAUAAAGGCCCUGCAACCCCUCGCCCACACCCUGGGUGCUGCCUUCCCGUGCCGCGGUGGGGGGACCAUGAUGCCUGUCCUGUCUGGGGAACCGGUGCUGCUGUGGAGGGGAGUGUGGGGUGGCUGGGGCACCCGUGGGUGGGGACAUGCAUCUAGAUCCUGUCCCUCUGUCCCCGCCGUCCUGCCAGCUGCCCAGCCCACUCACGGUGUCCCGUCCUCUCCUUACCUGCCUGUCUCUCCCCGACACCAUUCCCAUGUGCUGACCCUGACCGUGCCAUGCCACCAGAGCUCCUUGUCAUCACCCAUGGGUCCUACAUGGCUUCACUGCCAGCGCUGUCACCUCACACCAGGCUCCUCUCGGCUCUGCAUUGUUCUUGUGACGCUGGUGUUUUCAUGCCUCCCCUGUCCUGUCCCAUCCUGCCCAGCAGCUCACCCCAGCCUGCAUGCAGACCCCACAGCCCCUUUUCCAUCACUGUCCGUAGUUUCUUGCCCUUGUGGCCCUCAUCACCUGCAGGUCCCAGCCUCCUCCAGGCUACUACAUUAAACUGUCCCUCCCUGAGGUCCUCUAUUGCCCACCAUGAUCCCCCCUCCUUCUUUUGCUCCUCCAUCAUCCUUCAUGUCUCAUCCUUUUUGUCCUUGCUCUUUGAUCCCCCAUGUCCCAUCCUCCUUCUUGUUAUCCUCCAUCCUCAAUCACCUUCCUUUCUUCCGUCAUGUGUUCUUCCAUUGCCCACCAUGUCCCAUCCUUCUUUAUUCUGCUCUUUCACCAUCCAUCUAACCCAACCCAGCCCUCCUUCCUGUGCUCCUCCAUCACCUUCCCAUGCCCCAUCACCCACCAUAUCCCAUCCCUUUUCCUGUGUACCUCCAUCUUUCAUGUCCCACCCCUCCUUCCACUGCUCCUCUGUUGUCCACCCAUCCUAUCGCUCCUUCUUGUGCUCCUGUCACCCACUGUGUCCCAUCCCUCCCUGCCAUCCUCCUCCAUCACCCACCAGGUCCCAUCCUUCCUUUCUCUGCUUGUCUGUCAGCCACCAUAUCCUCCUUCCUGUGCUCCUGUAUUCUCCAUCAUGUCCUAUCCCUUCUUGUGCUCCAUGGCCACCCACCACUUCCCAUCCCUCCCUAUUCUCCACCCCUUUCACAUCCUAUCCCUCCUUCGACACUCCUUCCAGAGUGUGCUGUCAUCCACUGUGUCCCAUCCCACGCUGCCAUGCCAUGCUCCCCCAUUACCCACCAUGGCCCCUCCCACCCUCUUGUGCUCCUGCAUCCUACAUUAUGUCCUAUCCCUCCUUAUUGUUCUCCUCCACCACACCCCAUCCCUUCUUCCUGCACUCUUGUCAGCCACCACCUCCGAUCCCUCCUUCCUGUGCUCCUCUGUUGCCCUUCAUAUCCCACCUUCCUGUCUUCCUGUCACACUUGCAUCCCAUCCUUCUCACCUGCUCCUCCUUCAUCCACCACAUCCCAUUCCUUGUUAUCCUCACUGACCACCCACCAUCUCCUCAUGUCUUCUCUUCCUUCUGCACCUCCACCUUGUCCCAUCCAUCCUCAUCCCACUUUGCCUCCAGUUUCUCUUUUCCUUUCAUAUUCCUCCUUGUGUCAACAUCUCACCAUCUCUUCUCAUCCUCCAUCAGCUCCCACCAUCACUCUGUCCUCCUUUACAUCUUACCAUCUUCUUAUCCCUGCUUAUCCUUCAUUAGGUCCCACCAUCAC